UACACUGCAACUUAAUCUUCCUUAAAAUAAUACCUGUACUAAUACUAAAGAAAAAAAGAGAAAGAAAAGAGUAGGAUCUGAUUCUGAGCCAAAACCCCAAUAAAAGCCCUACUUCUGUACACUCUGUCGUCGGCGCCUGAGAUCCCCAUAACUCUGUCAUGGCCUCCUUCGCCGCCAGGUCUGUCUUGCGCUCCGCCGCCAGAAUCUCCGUCGGCGUCAAGCCGAGGGCUCCUCCUUCUCCAUUUCGUCUCCCAUCCCAAAAUCCCCUGUCCGCUCGCAUUUUCAGGUCACCCGUGGAGAUGAGCAGUGUUUCCGUGGCUUCGAUGUUGCCCUACCACACCGCCACUGCCUCAGCUCUGCUUACCUCGAUGCUUUCCGUCGCUCCGCGUACCCACGCUUGGACUAUCGAGGCUUGCAAUGAGGGGGUAUGAUGAUUGUUGGAUGGUCCCAAGAAGUAUUUUUUGCAUGUGCACUAGGACAGUGUCUGAUAAAUAGUCAAGAAUGAGCUCAGCACAAGAGAUGGACCAAUUUUUUGGAUUCCUUUUGUGUUUUACUAGCUUAUCAAAUAAGGAGAUAAGAGUUGCUUCUUUAUUUGUUUUAACGCGAAGGGAUUAAAAUAUGUAAAAUUGUGGAAUCUAUUUAUUGAGAUGUUGUAGUUGUAAUCAUAUACUCCUACUAGCUUGAAUUAUGCAACCUGCUCAUUUUUACCUUGGGCCUGGCUGCUAUUAAUGUUAUUACCUGGCUAACUGCUACUGUUUGUUAA